AAUACUUCCCAGGUAACUCAAUGUUGCAUGCUACUCCAGAACCUGGUAUAUCAUAUGCAUGGAGAAGCAUUUUGAAGGGAAUUCAACUAUUAAAGGAGGGAAUUAUUUGGAGAGUAGGUGAUGGAGACACGAUCAACAUCUGGACAGACCCAUGGAUCCCAAGAGGAAGCACACGAAAACUUAUAUCUCAAAAAGGAAGACAUCAGGUUUACAAGGUAUCGGAGCUGAUAAAUCCGACCACCAACACUUGGGAUACAGACUUGGUCCAACAAACCUUCGCUCCCGAAGAUGCUGAACUUAUCCUCCAAAUCCCCAUAUAUGAACACACAGAGGAAGGUCGCAUGAGCUGUACUUGGAAGAAAAUAUGGAGGUUGCCUUUACCAAAUAAAGUCCUGCAUUUUCUAUGGCGAGUUGCAAACUACAGCCUGCCCCUCCGAAUGAAACUACAAAGGAGAGGAUAAACAAAAGCCCAAGGAGAUGAGCUGUGUGAAGGCCCAAAGAUGGUCUCCUCCCCCGGAUGGCAUUUUGAAGAUCAAUACAGAUGGAUCCUUCAGAAAGACAUCUCAUACAGGAGGAUGGGGCUUCACGAUCCGCAACACAGAGGGUAAUCUGAUUGCUGCUGGAGCAGGCAACCUGGAGUAUGUUUCAGAUGCUCUACAUGCUGAA